AGGCAGCGCCGGAAGUGCCCUCGCGCUGCCUAGGAGACAGGACGCGGGGCCCACAGCUGCCACGGCCGGCCGCGCCCACCCGGUCACCAUGGAGCUGCCUCCAGGGCCCUGGGACGAUGACUCGGACCCAGAGCCGGAGCCCGACCCGGACGCGCAGGCCGAGGCCUACGUGGCCCGCGUGCUCAGUCCACCGACAGCCGGGCCGGCGCCUCCGCGCGUCUCGCUGCUGCCCACGCCCGCCCCGUCCCCGGGUGCCCUGGAGCCCCGGGCCGGGGCCAAAGUCCCCGCCUUCGGGGUGCCAGGCCUGCUGAACCUGCCUCCGGAGCUUCUGCUGGAGAUCUGCGCCUACCUGGACGCGCGCCUCGUGCUCCACGUCCUGCCGCGCGUGUGCCACGCGCUGCGCGACCUCGUGCGCGACCAUGUCACCUGGAAGCUCCGCGCGCAGCGCCGCGUGCGCGCGCCCUACCCGGUGGUGGAAGAGGAGGACUUUGACUGGCCAGCGGCCUGCAUUGAGCUGGAACAGCACCUGACCCGCUGGGCAGAGGACGGGCGCCGGGCUGAGUACUUCUGCCUGGCUGAUGGGCACUUUGCCUCCAUUGACUCAGUGUUGCUGCUGCAGGGUGGGACCCUCUGCCUGUCAGGCUCCCGGGAUCGCAACGUGAACCUGUGGGACCUGCGGCAGCUGGGGGCAGAGCCCAGCCGGGUGCUGGUCAAGGCCUUGGGUACCCAACACAGCAGCACCCACAAGGGCUGGGUGUGGUCGCUGGCCGCACAAGACCACCGCGUGUGCUCGGGCUCCUGGGACAGCACAGUGAAGCUGUGGGACAUGGCGGCCGACGGGCAGCAGUUCGGCGAGAUCAAGGGCAAGGCAGCCGUGUUGUGCCUCUCCUACCGGCCUGACAUCCUAGUGACCGGUACCUACGACAAGAAAGUGACCAUCUACGACCCCAGAGCCGGGCCAGCCUUGCUCAAAAGCCGGCGGCUGCACUCGAGCGCGGUGCUGGCGCUGCUGGCCGAUGACCACCACAUCAUCUCGGGCAGCGAGGACCACACCCUGGUGGUGUUCGACCGCCGUGCCAAUAGCGUGCUGCAGCGGCUGCAGCUGGACUCAUACCUGCUCUGCAUGUCCUACCAGCAGCCCCAGCUCUGGGCCGGUGACAACCAGGGCCUGCUGCACGUCUUUGCCAACCGCCAUGGCUGCUUCCAGCUCGUUCGGUCCUUCGACGUGGGCCACAGGUCGCAAAUCACGGGGAUCAAGCACUCGCUGGGCGCCCUCUACACCACAUCCACCGACAAGACCAUCCGGGUGCACGUGCCCACGGACCCACCCAGGACCAUCUGCACCCGAAGCCACCACAACGUGCUCAAUGGGAUCUGCGCAGAGGGCAACCUCGUGGUGGCAGCCUCCGGGGGUCUGUCGCUGGAGGUGUGGCGGCUGCAGGCCUGACCCGAGGGCACAGCCCUGGACUUGGACUGACACGGACACUGCCUGUGGGUGGCGGGCUGCCAGGACCCAGCCUGUUUUCCUGGGGUCCCGUUGCCCAUAAUGUCCACCCCAAUCCCCCUACCCCAUGUUGGUGCUGCUUCUGCCCCCUUCCCGACCCCCCUCGGCACGGGUCUGGGGGCACAAAGGAUCCGGAGCUGUGGUGGGGGAGGGGGAGG